CAAAGGUCACAUCGUCUUCCCUCCACCUGUCACAAAUGUUCAAGAUGCUGAAAACACGAGAAGUGCUCCUCUUGUUCUGUUUCGUCGGGGCAACAGAUGCCCUUUACAAACAGUGGAUUCCUGAUACCAACUAUGAGAAUACGACCAACUGGGACAAAGGGACUGUUCCGUGUGGGAACGACAUAGUUCAGUUUUCAGCCCAAGGAAAAGUGUCUGUGUUCGUGGAGACUACACAUGCUGUGCAGGAGAUGAGGCUGCCCGUCGAUGGAGAGUUCAUACUGAAUUCAGGGGCUGGCUUUUAUGUCCUCAGUGGUAAAGACCCAAGCUGCGGCACAGGCGCGACGGCUCAGUUCAAGGACCCGGAGUCUCUUCGGUGGUUUAAUCCAGCUCUGUGGCGGGGAGCUGUCACUCUCAAUGACCUGCAGCUCGGAAACUUCCUGUUCUCUGUCCACGAGGAGAGUGUCCCCUGUCAGCAUGAUGAUGUCGUCUUCGAAGCUCUCUCCUCCUUCAGAGUGGACACCAGCUCAAGUCAGCCUAGCAUCCCAGUCAAAUCCGUGUCUGUGCUGGGGAAGACGUUUGACAGCAGGUCAGAGUUCUCCCAGUAUCUCAACUCGCGGUCGGGCCGGCUGCAGUUUCAUGGAUCCUCGGCCGUCACUGUUGGAUACGCAGGUUGUGGGGAUCCCACUGGCUGUGACUGUGGGAACUCUGUGAACCACCAGGUGAUCUGUAGCACAGUAACGUGUACAUCUUUUAGCUGUAAGCAGCCUCUCAGGCCUGUGGGACACUGCUGUGACGUGUGCGGGGCCAUUCUUACCAUCAGAUUUGCUGAAGGUUUCAAUCUGCAGAAUUACAGGGAACGAAUCCGUCACCUCUUUCUUAUCAAGCCACAAUACAAGUCCAUUCAACUUGGCAUGUCAAAAGUCUCCAAGCCGCAGCGACUGAUGGGGCUGAUCCCUUUUGGUACGUCACCUGAGAUCCAGGUAGUUAUCCUGGAUGGAGAGACAGGCAAAGUGUCCGAAACCCUGGGUGAGGACAUUGUAAAUGAUAUUAGUUCCCACGGCUCGGAACUGGGAAUAACAGGGGUUGAAUUUCAAACUUCAUCUGGGAGCAGCGGCAAUCAGUCCGGAGGGAGUGCUGGGAUGGUGACGGGAAUUGUGUUUGCCGUUUUAAUUGUGAUCGCAAUCAUCAUCAUUGUAGUUUCUCUGAUCCGUAAGGGUCUUGUUAAGAUGCCAUCCAUGCCUUCAAUGCCAUCUCUUAGACGCUCUCAGAAAACCUCUGAUGUCGACAAUAUUGGCGGACCUCUCGACCAUGGCUUCGAUAAUCCCAUGUUUAACAACCCCGACAUGCUGAGUAAUAUUCCUGGUCUGUAUGACACUGAACGUAAUGCAAUCUCCAUGACUCAGACAGGAGUACAAUUUGUAAAUCCAGUGUAUGAUGAGAAUGAAACUGAUAUCACUGUGUAAAGUCCAUCUUCACAUAUGUUUGAUUCAAUGCCAAUUUUACAGUUCAUGAAUAAUGUCAAUGUAUAGAUUUACAGUAGUGAGUAGUGAGAAAAAGAUCAUAAAGUACUGGCAGAUAAUAAAGCUUUUAAUGACCGAAUAAACAUGCAAGACAAAUAACUGAAUAAUUGACAGAGUGAAUUACUGGUGUGAUCUUUCACUCAUGCAUAUCACAUUCAGGAGCAGUAAAGCAGAGACAAUCUGCAGUAAAUUCUCAGCACACCCUCUGCUGCACCAGCUCAUCCUCAUGCUGCACAGUUACCACUAGAUGGUAGUAAAUGUUAUUUGACAUAUAUGUGACUAAUCACCCUUUUUUUACAAUAUCUUUAUGGAACUUGUCACACGACCUCAAUAAACAUUUAUGGUACUCUG